AUGACUUUUUUCACACAGAAAUCUGUGAUAUGGUGUUUUCUCCUUGUUCUGUUUGACUGUCGCUGGAGAGCGGUCGCAGGGCAGCUCUCUUACUCCGUGUCGGAAGAGGCGAAUAUCGGGACAUCUGUAGGAAACAUCGCGAAGGAUCUGAGCUUAAAUAUUCAUGAGCUGGAGUCGCGAAUAUUUCAGAUUGUCGCUGGAUCUAAGAAGAAAUAUUUCGAGGUAAAUCGAAAGACUGGAUUUCUGUACGUGAAGGAGAGAAUAGACAGAGAAGAGCUUUGUCUUAAGGCGCCUAAAUGUACCGUAAAUGUAGAGGCGGUAAUCAAUAACCCUUUAAAGCUUUACCGUAUAGAAAUUAACAUUUUAGAUGUGAAUGACAAUGCACCGUCCUUCAGUACUAAAUAUCAGUAUUUAGACGUCGCGGAGAAUACUCUACCGGGACAGAAAUUUCCCAUCUCGUAUGCGUCUGAUGCAGAUGUAGGUAAAAACAGACUGAAUAGUUACAGCCUAAGCCCUAACGAAUAUUUCUCAUUAGCCGUGAGCAAAUUGGGAGAACAAAGUGUUUCUGCGGAGCUGGUGCUGCAAAAAGGUUUAGACCGGGAGAAACAGUCCGUGAUCCAUCUCACGCUCACCGCUGUAGACGGAGGUACUCCGUCUAAAUCCGGUACUUCGGAGAUAAUCAUCAAUGUGUUAGAUAGUAAUGAUAAUGCCCCGGUUUUCAGUCGACCUGUGUAUAAAACAAGUGUUUCUGAAAAUGUGCCUACUGGCAAAACGAUUUUUACGCUCAAUGCAACGGAUGUAGAUGCUGGAAUAAAUAGUGAAAUUUUAUAUUCAUUAAGAAAAACAGACCAAGACCAUGUUUUAGAUGUGUUUCAUGUUGAUCCUAGUACCGGUGUUAUUACAGUAAAAGGCGAUAUUGAUUAUGAGCAGAGCAGAGCUUUUGAAAUUCGUGCACAGGCAAGUGACAAAGGACAACCGCCGAUGUUGGCCCACUGCAAAGUGCUGGUUCAGGUCCUAGAUUUAAAUGACAAUGCUCCCGAGAUAACAGUGACAUCGCUGCUGCAGACAGUGAAGGAAGACACCAAGGCUGGCACUGCCGUGGCUCUUGUGUCAGUGAGUGACAGAGAUGAUGGGAAAAACGGUGUGGUGAAUUGUAUUGUUUCCAACAAAGUUCCCUUCAAACUUCAAACAAACUACAAAAACCACUACUCUUUAGUGGUCAGUGGCCCUCUAGACAGAGAGAGUGCCUCUGUGCAUAACAUAACUAUCAUAGCCACUGAUGAAGGCACCCCGCCUCUCUCUAACCGCACUGUGAUUACUUUACAAGUCUCUGACGUGAAUGACAACGCGCCGUACUUUCAAGAGUCCGUCAUGAAUGUUUACAUAAAAGAGAACAAUCAGAUUGGUGCUGUUAUGAAAACCGUUUCUGCAUUUGAUGCUGACAUAAAUGAAAACGGACAGACUGCUUAUUCAGUUUUAGAAAGUAAAAGCAGCGCUUUAACUUUAUCUAGUUUGAUUAAUAUAAAUUCAGUUACAGGCGAUAUCCACAGCUUGCAGUCCUUUAACUAUGAGGAAAUAAAAAUGUUUCAGUUUAAAGUUCAAGCCACAGACUCUGGAGUUCCUCCUCUGAGUAGUAAGAUGACUGUGAACGUUUUUAUCAUGGACGAAAAUGACAACAGUCCUGGGAUUCUUCCGCCAUAUUCUGAUCAUGGGUCUGUUAAUACCGAGAAUAUUCCGUUCUCCGCUGAAGCGGGUUACUUCGUGGCGAAGAUAAGAGCAGUAGACGCCGACUGUGGUUAUAACGCGCUGCUUUCUUAUCACAUCUCUGAACCUAAAGGAAACAACCUCUUCCGCAUCGGAACCAGCAAUGGGGAGAUCAGGACUAAGAGGAGAAUGAGUGACAAUGACCUGAAAACACACCCCCUGGUCAUUAUGGUUUCUGAUAACGGAGAGCCCUCACUGUCAGCGACUGUGUCUAUUGAUGUCGUGGUUGUUGAAAGCGGGAGUGACAUUCAAACAAAAUUAAGACACGUGCCGAUGAAGGAGGAGAGUUUCUCGGAUUUAAAUCUGUAUUUGCUGAUCGCCAUUGUGUCGGUGUCAGUGAUCUUUUUACUGAGCCUCAUCAGUUUAAUAGCUGUGAAAUGCUACAGGACAGACGGCAGUUUCAGCAGGUACAGCGCCCCAGUGAUCACCACCCACCCUGACGGGAGCUGGUCUUACUCCAAAUCUACUCAGCAGUAUGACGUGUGUUUUAGCUCCGACACACUGAAGAGUGACGUAGUGGUUUUCCCUGCUCCGUUUCCACCUGCGGAUGCGGAACUGAUCAGUAUUAAUGGAGGGGACACUUUCAAUAGAACACAAACACUCCCUAAUAAAGAGAAGGUAAGGUGUUAUCUGUGCUUUUUGGUGCGUUUAAAUUUCCGUGCGUUUUGUUCAACGUAG